CUUCGGAGCGGAGGGGCGUGGCAAACGGAGCGCGAACGUUCGGAAAGGGGCGUGGUUAGAACGCUGGGAGGAGGAGGCGGAGCCAAAGUGUUGGCGGCGUUCGGAGCGCGCGGGAAAAAGAAGCGGAGUCUGGAUCCAUGGACCGAGAAGGGCUGCGGCGCUUGGCCUCCAAGAUGGGAAUGACUGCGGCCUCAGGGAUCAGGAAAGCCGAAGAGUACCUGCGCCUGUCCCAGGUGAGAUGCGGCCCUUUGCUGGCCCAGAUGACCGCCACAAGCCGGGCCGUGAUCUGCCUGGACCUGGCUGCUGCCUUCACAAAGAACCCUGUGGACAAGGAUUACUUGGUGACACUCUCUGGAUUGAACAAGACCACUUACCAGAGCUGCUUGAGGUCCUUCGAAAGCCUGCUUGGCCUGCAUUCGAACCUUGGCAUCCGAGAAUUGGCCGUUCAGUUCUGCUGCCUUGAGGCGGUGAAUAUGGCAUCAAAAAUACUGAAAAGGUAUGAAUCCAGCCUAUCAGAAACUCAGCAGGUGGACCUUGAUUUGUCCAAACCCUUAUUUACAACUGCAGCAUUGUUCACUGCUUGCAGAUAUUUGAAACUUAAAGUGGAUAAGAACAAAAUGGUGGCUGCAUCCGGUGUGAAGAAGGCCAUUUUUGAUCGUCUCCAUAGCCAGCUGGAGAAGAUCAGCCAGCAAGUCAGCCGAGAAAACGACCAGUUGGCAGUGGAGGCCACCAAAAACCAGAAGACCUUCGUUGACUGCCUUGGGAAGGAAGAAGAUCUGGAGACAGAAGUAGUGGUCCCUCACAAGCGUCCAAAACGGGAAACUGAAGCUACAGAGGAAUAUGAAGAAUGGAAAAGGAGAAUUCUAGAAAAUGCUGCAAAGUCACAGAAGGAGAAUGUGUGAUCUGAGUAUGUGCAUGUGUGAGAGUGAGUGAGUUCCAAAACAGGACCUUCUGGGUAUUCACUGUAUUUUGAAAUCUUCAAAUUUCUGGUGGUUUUGGAGUUUUAGAAGUUAGAGGUCUGUCUGGUGAACAUAAAGGCCAUCCCUGCCAAUUGGUCAGUAUUUGGCAUGAGGAUUAGAUGGCUGAAACAACUCCAAAACUGAAACCAACAGAAGAAGUUACUUAGGUUAUCCCUGUUGCUUAUGUCAACAUUCCUUUGCAUCUUUGUCAUUUGAGGAAGUUGGACUUCUUUUUGUAGCAACACAACUGUGGUGCUGUGGAUUGGAAACUAGAAUUUGCACUCUUCACUUUGAGGAUGAAAUAUUUUAUUGUGCAGUCAAUCAUGACUAUACUUUCUCAGUAAUGGAACCAUUAUUAUUUUCAAUGGAUGUUACUUCCACAUGGCAAGUUCCUGCUACCAGUUUCAUUCUCAUAUUUGUUCUGUGAAAACUUCCUUGAGUGCCUAAAGGGAAGGUAAAACUUAAUGUUUUCACCCCCAUGUUUUGUUUUUAAAGCAAGGAUGGGCAAUGUGAUGCCUUUCAGAUGUUGGAUUGCAGCUCUGAUCAGCCUUGAUCAGGGCGAAGGAUACUGGGAAUUGGAGUCCAACAACUGGAGGCUACACUUUGCAGUUUGAAAUUUUUUUGAUGUGGGGGCCUUGGGAUAAAAAUGAAAUUCUCCCUAGAAGCAAAUAAAUAUUUUAUUUCUCUCCUU